AUUCAAUAUCAGUUCUCAUAUUGUUCUGGAUUGUUAAGAAGAUGUGGAGUUCAGGAACAGAUUUAAAAAAUUUAGACUCUGAGGAUGAGAGUGUCCAUUCUUCAGAGGAGGAAGAAGACAUCCAGUGUGAGAUUUUGGAGAAGCAACGAGAUGAAGCCAACCAGAGACUUUCUCAAAUGGAGGAAGCAUCCGCUCAGCUGCUGAAGGAGCUAAACUUGCUGGAGAUUCAGUUUCAGAUUGAACGCUCAUGCAGAGAGAAUGCUGAGGCCUUUGCCUUAAAGGUGACAAAAGAGAACAAGACCUUAAAGAGAAAAAGUCAGGCUCUCCUGCCCCUGAUCCCAGAGUUGCCUGAAAACCUGGCUGCUCUGAACUUGGACCUAGAAGAUGACUCUGCUUCUGACCUUAACACGUCAGUGGAUUUGGCAGAAGAACCUCUUCUCAAAAGUCAGGCCCAGAUCAGAGAGCUUCAGUCCUCUAUCGACCAGCUCUUGGGGGAGAAGAUGCAGCUAUGUGAACAGGUAGAAGUCUUGAAAAAAGAAAAGGAAGAACUGAAAGAACAGCUUGUAAUGGAGGUUCAGGAGAAAGAGGCCAUUUUGAAGAAAUUAACUAAACAGAGUCGAACAGUGAACAAAAUAAAAAGAGUGUCCCAGCUUGUUACAGAAGAGUUUGCAGAGAUGUCACAGAAGCUGGAAAUGGAGCAAGGGCUUAGGCAUCAUGCUGAAGCAUUUGCGCACCAGGUGCUGGUGAAGCAGAAGGAAAGCCAGAGGCAGAGCUUGGCCCUGGUAGAAAAUGAAGACGUUGAUGUACAGCUUCAACAAGCCCUUCAGCAGGUGGCUCAGCUCAGCAAAGCACUGGAGGAGAUACGACUGCAUCAUCAACACCAGAGGAGUCAGUCUCAGGCAGUGAUGGAGGAGUUUAAUGUUCUUACUGAGCUGCAGAUGGUCAGAGCUCAGCUAGAGACCAACAUGAAAGAGAGGAUGAAGAUAGAGAAUCAGUUGACAGACUCGCAAAACACUGUGACAGAACUGCAGGAGGAAGUUAAGCAGCUUCAGGAUAUAUUGAAAACGGUCAAAGAGAAUCCUCUUAUUGAAUCUGGCCUAUCAAAUGAAGAGAAUGUCACUCCAGCUCCACUUUCUUCAACUCCUCCUCCUCCACCUCCUCCACCACCUCCUCCUCCUGUGCUCUCUACAAGUCCUAUUGACCCACUGGAUGCUUUGAGGAACAGAAAGAAAGUUGGAAACAAUACCACUGACUUGAAGAAAACUGCACUUUCUGUAGAUGUGAAAGCCAGGGCAGUGGAUGAAAUGAUGGAGAGAAUUAAGAAAGGGAUUGUACUGAAGCCCACCCAGAAACCCCCACAGACUGGCUUGGAUGAUGAAGACUCAUGGAAGGAUCAAAGAAGUGAGAAGAGAAAGUCUGCUGUCCUUGAGUUGCAGGGAAUACUGGACACCAUAAAAAAAACAGGACCCAAAAGGAUGCUGUCCAGGAAGAGGAUUAGUCGUAAUGUAGGGGAGGCGGAGCUUCAGAUGGUCUUGCAGAGGAGAAGGCGGGCAAUUGGGGAUGAGAAAAGCUCCCCACCUACUACAGCUCCAAAAGCUCAGGAUCCACCUCCUGCAUCCACAGCCACAAGCUCCUCAAAUUGGCUAGCAGAGAGUGGGAAUGCUCCUGUCCUGCGGAGGCUGAAGCAGAACCAGGAAAAGAGAAACUCACGCGUCAGAGCAUCAGAAUGUGUCAUCUGGGAAGACAAGUGAAGAUAAAGGCAGUCAAUGUUGUCUCUUGUCAUCAUAUUGCUACUAAUACGAUAAUCACAUGAAAGUUCAAACCUAAAUAAAGUUAACAUAAUACUUGUCAAAAUGAAAAAGUUGCAUGGGCUAUGCUGAAGAUUAUUUUUCUUUAAAGAUAUAAAAAGAUCAAAUACACUGAUCCUUCAGACAAUAAUUUUCAUUAUUCAUUAUUAUUAAUCAUUUGAAAGAUAGUGUUAUGGUGUUGAACAUAGUCCCUAAUUACCAUUUUUUUAAAGUAAAGUUGAAAGUAAGUAUUCAGUUUAUAUUUGUGGGCAUUAACAAUUUAUCAGUUUUAUCAAUUAAUUAGAAACCUUCAAAGGGCCAGAAUGGUUAAUGAAGAAAUAAAAUAUAAUAUUAUAAAUUAUAAAAAUAUACUUCUUCUACAGUAUAUUUAUGAAUAUUUCGUUAUUUUAUUUUUUUCUUGCUAGAUUUGUGUGCUUCUAAGAAACAAGUGAGUCUGUGAGGUGUCAUCACUCUUUCUCUCUCUGUAUUCUCUAUGUUUGUGGUUUUAAAAGCCUCUAGUUGAGUUCAUUCGGGCAUCAAGAAGAUGGGGAGAGGUGUUUUUUUUUCUCUCCACACCAUCACACUGCUGUUCUUUGGUAAAAGCAUUUAAGUGGAAAGGAAUUAUUUGCACUGUAGUAGCUCUUGGCUUUCUGCUUUUAAACUCUAUUUAUUCUAUAAGAGUUCUUUGCACCCCCUUGAGAGAGCCCUUUAUCUAGCAAACAUUAUAAAGAAUUUAUAUCUCUCACCAGGAACUGUAAGGUGUCUGAUUUCUCUGUGUGUGUAUGUUAGGGGUGGGGUUGGUGUCUAAGGGGUGGAUAUGGAUGUGUGAUUUAGAUGAGGGUGGCAAGGUGGCACAGUAGGUAGUAGUGAGAUGUUGCCACCUCACAGCUCCAGAGUCCCUGGUUUCAUCCUGAGCUCAGGUUUUUGUCUAUAUUGAGAUUUUGCGCAUGUUCAUGUCUGUGUGGGUUUUCUCACAAUGACCAAAAACAUGCCAGUAGGUGUACUGGAUGUGCCAUAUUGCCCCAGGUGUGAAUAAGCAUGUAUGUGGACUGCCAUACCAUUUAAGGUUUCAAGCUUCAUCACAAAAUCUGAAUGAAUGAAUGAAUGAUGUAGUUCAGGGUUGUCCAACCAGAGGUUUGUAGUGUUAUUGCGGCGGGUUUGUGAGACUGUGAUGGAAAUAU